AUGAUUAAAGACGAUUGGUUGAAACCGAAAAUGAUAAAAGAGAGAGACAUUAUGAUCAAGCGAGCGCGAAUAGCACGAAUGUUUACAAUAUUCGGAUAUAUUAUAAUGCUCAUAUCCUUUACUUUGUAUGCAGUUCUUCCUGCAUUCGGUAUUUCCAUAAGAUAUGUGACAAAUGAAACGGAUCCAAACAAAUUAUUACCGCUACAAUCGUACUAUAUAUACGAUCGAGAUAAAAGUCCAUAUUACGAAAUAACUUACAUAAUGCAAAGUCUCGGAUCGUCAGCAGCAGGUUUUAUGUACACUACUGUAGAUAGUUUUUUAGGUUUAUUAGUUUUUCACGUAUGUGGUCAGUUGGAAAAUCUCAAAAAUCGUAUCACUCAACUGGAUAAAUUCCAAAAUUUCGAAAAAGCUUUAUCACACAGCAUGGUGAUUCAAGAUCGUGCCAUAUCAGUACUACGUUUAACUUACAUUAUAUUAACAUCUGUCAAUAUAGUUGCACAUACAUGUCUUUACUGCAUUGUAGGAGAAAUUUUGGUCACAGAAUGCGAAGGAGUUUAUGAAGCUGCAUGCAAGUAUAAAUGGUACAACUUGGAGCCAAAGAAAGCAAAAAGCUUAAUGAUGAUAAUGAUUCGAGCCAACAGAUCGUUGUACCUUACCGCAGGAAAACUAGUUCCUAUGACAAUGUCUACAUUUUGUCAAUUGUUAAAGACAUCGGCUGGUUAUAUAUCGGUUUUGCUGGCACAUCGAGAAUAA